CACCACCCAUUGCAUCUCUCACUUUUUUGACGUUAUAAUCUAACGCACAAAAUAACUGGGUUAUUGAGUGUCACAAAAUACCGCGCGCUUGGAAUCACGCGCUUCACACUCACUACCCACACAACUGAACCAUCACCACCAGGAGCGCGAUGGCAUCACCAGUCUGCUACGCAUCAGAAUCCUACUUCCUCGGUGGCGCCCCUGCUCCCCCCCACAAACCAGCAGGAACAAUAACAUCCCUCUCCCUCUCCCCCACCCACGCCUUCUCCAAACCUCCCAUCUCCCGCCUUGUUCUCAUCCCCGGUCUAGGGGUAGAGGGAGACUGCCAUUUGGGGGCUGAUAUCCAACAUCUCAGUCGGAUGACGGUGCGGCCGCUGCCAGAGAAUUUGAGACAGGUGCAUUUGAUGUCUGGGGAGUUUCUUGAGGGGCUGGUUGUGCGGGGUGAGGAGGGGAAGGCGGGGGAGGGAGAGGGGAAGAGGAGGGUGAAGCCGGGGGAUUUGGGGGAGAAUAUCACGACUUCGGGAUUGGAUCUUGAGGGUCUCACUCGCGGGACUAUCCUCCGUUUCUCCUCCUCCCCCACGGCAUCUGAUGGAGAUGCAACAAUCAAAAUAACGGGUCUCCGUAACCCGUGUCACCAGAUCGAGAGGUUCGGGAAGGGGUUAUUGGGGCAGUGUACGUGA